UUUUGGGCUGUAAUUCCCAUUUUUUGGGUGCCAGGAGGCAGCUGGCGCAGGGGGAGCUGGCGCGGGCGCUGGGGCGUUCCUGGGCCGGCUGCAGGAGGAGCUCAGGGACGCCAUGGACGCCAUGGGCUGCACCCGCUGCGGGGGACGCCACAGGCGGUUCCAGCUGGACAGGGACCCCCGCGGUGGCCGCUGGUGUGCCCCGUGCGGGGGGUGGCACGCGGCCGAAGAAGGUGACCUGUGGGCGGAGUCCAGCCUGCUGGGCCUCAAGGUCACCUACCUGGCCCGCAUGGACGGCCACAUCUACGACGUCACCGAGUGGGCGGGCUGCCAGCGCGUGGCCAUCUCCCCGGACAGCCACCGUGUCCCCUACCACCUGUCCUUCGGUGCCAGGACAGCCACGCCGGCCGGACGCCAGCGGGCCCCCCCCAAGGGCAGCCCCCCGACCCCCGCUGACCUCCAGGAUUUCCUGGCCCGCGUUUUCCAGGGAAAUCCGGGCGAGGCCGGGGGGGCUUUCCCCGCCCCCCCCGGGGCUGCGGGACCCCCCCAGGGACCCCCCCAGCCCCAGGGGGGCCCCCCCAGGGGGGACACGAAGCACAAGAGGAGGAAGAAGGGGCGGCGGCCGCUGCCGCGCUGAGGAGACCCCCGACCCCCACCCCAAAAAAAACAAAAAAAGGGCUUGGAAUAAAAUAAAUCUAUUUUUUUUU